GCAAUUAUCAGCUGUGUCUUCUACUUUGCUUGUUCUACACUGGAGAAUACACUCUACUCAGUGAAGGCCUCAGAUUUGAAGAAAGAACUGCCAAGAGGGACAAGCCAUUGGUGAACGGUUGCAUUCUGCUGGGAGAGCGUGACCAAGUCAAAACUGUGGCUCAUUGAUUCCUGCAUAUUGCAAAUAUUGGCUAGGACUCCACCGAUUACUGCAACAAUGGUACCAGCCAUGAGCAAAGCGAAAAUUGAUCUAGUCGCAAAGUCAAUUAUUUCACCGACAACAGUCAUCAUGGCACAAGCUGAGACCCAACAACACCAAACAGGACUGGCUGUAAAACGAUCAUCAGCCAUAACAAUGGCACCAGCUAAAUUCCAGCUGACAAAAUUAUUUGUUGUACUGGUCAUUCUCCAGCAGGUGCGGCCAUCAAACUCUAGUUCUCCAGAAUGUCAAUGGCUUGAUAAAAAAGGGGAACAUAUUGACAAUGAAAUACUCAUGGUUCUUGAUCAGUUACAACCAAAAGAAGUGAUCCAAGAUGAUUGCUUUGAUGAAGUUCCUCAUUAUGGCUUUCCCAACAACAUACAUGAGCUGAAAGCUGCAGCCAUGGUGGUGCAUACAGUCUACAAUGAAACCGUGAUAUUCUACAGCAACUUUGCUAAAACACUUGGACUAUCAAAGAAAGAUUAUGAGAAGCUGCUUUCCCUUCUGCGUUAUGUAAUGAAUAACUUGACUCCAUGUGUAACAAAUGCAGAGCAAUAUAAGAAUGUCACAGAACCCAUCUCCAACCAAUACACAGAGUUAGAAAACUAUGUCCAGAAGUGGGGAAACACUGCAUGUGCCCAGAUCAUAAUUUGGCUUAUCAGCAAUAAUGUACAGGAGGCUGUUCAUCUCUCCUCUCAAAUGCGAAAAAUGCUUCUAAUGAGUAAAACCUCUUAACUUUGUUUCUAUGGCUAUUAUUCAAAAGGAAUAAUAAACUCAUAAUUAU